AAAUGGCUGCACGCAACGCACUUUUAGCGCGGCCCCAAUGGGUUAUCGCUAACCAGCUGACAAUGCCGCUAAUAACAGUAGCCGACAACGGGGCAAGAUCUGUCCGCGGACUUGUUGCGGCGACCGUUCAGUUCACGAUUUUUCUCGACACUCUAUUUACGGAGAAAGUUCUACAGGAGCAGGGAAGGAGUAAAGAACGGGACCAAUUUCAAAUCUACAAAAGUAUAGAGGGGGCCUUACAGGUAGCAGGAAUGGAUGGUAAAGCCUGUCUUCUGCGCACCAUUUGUGAGAUACAACAAAACCAACUGGAACAAUUUACAUUGGCAGGCGAAUUCGCUACUUUACUUCUAACUCCCAGAAAAGGAGAAACGGGAUUUACCGGGUUCCUUCACGAUUAUUUAGUGGCCGAGAAGGUUGGCAGAUCGCUCAAUCAGUCCUGCAGUGAUUCGUUUCCACGUUGCCCGUUGUCACUUUUCGAAUACUUCCGUUCGUAUGGGACCAGCAGUGCGGCCAAUGACGCAACUAAUCAUGAUGAUGUUCUUAAUCCGAGUUCCAUCUCCGAAGAUGCUCAGCCGUUAAGGCAUAGCUCAUCUGAUACGAGAGACGAUAACGGAGCUAACCGUAAAAUGAAAAUGAAAGUAGAAAACGACGCAACGUCUGUCCGGAAGAAGCACCCCUUUAGAAUGGGAAAUGAAAUUUAAUCGUCACAUUUUUAAUUAUUUAAUGUAUAAUGAACAUACCUGUUUAGAAGAAGCAAUUUCCCUUUGGAAUGAAAACCCGCAUUAUUGGGAGUGAUGUUUCUAGAUUUCGAUAAAGCUGAAGAUUGCUGCCAAGAAGAGACGACUGCCUGUUUAUCGACAAAGUGGAAACGCUACAUUUAAACGAUGAUUUAUUUAUUACUAUAAUGUACCCGUUUUGGGUUUAUUCAAAAACAUUCACACGUGUAAAAUACAAACCUGAACCGAAA